AUGUCCCGCGGGGGAAAUCGCGUGGUGACUCUUACCGAGUACAAAUUGAAAAUGCUGGAAGCCAUUGGAAGCCCUCGUCUUCUGACUUUGUUCAUUGCAACUGUUUGCGUCGUGUUAUACCUCGCACAAGCUUAUCAAGCGCGGCCAGGUGCAAUAUGCCUUUCCCCAAGCAAGGUUUUCACGCAGCUUGCAGUUUAUCGAAUUUUCACAUCUCCUUUCUUUCAUGGCGGCUUAUUUCACAUACUGUUCAACACAAUAGCGUGGAUGAUCAUUGGACGGGAUUACGAGCGAACAAUCGGAACUUUAGCAGCAACCUACUCAAUUUUCGUCCUACUCAUUCCGCUGAUAGCAAUCUUGCACUGCUCUGCAGCGUAUUUAAUCGAUGCAUUGGCGCAGACUUCUUUCAGGAAUGAAUGCGCCAUCGGGCUCUCCGGUGUGCUCUUUGCCAUACUUGUUGUCAACGUGGAGGUAUCACCUGGCACUUCUGUGAAUGUAUUUGGAUUUUUCUCAAUGCCCAAGAGAUGGUACCCGUGGGCCUUGGCGGCGAUCCUGCAAUUAUUGUCACCGCGUUUGAGCAUCCUGGGUCAUUUGUCUGGGAUUGUGCUUGGUUACGCGCUGGUCUAUGGGUAUCUAAAUCGUCUCUCUCCAAGCGAUUAUAAGCUCGAAGACUUCGAGAUUACCACGGGGCUUGCCUCAAUGCCGCUGUGGCAACCGCUGACCACAUCUACGGGCAUGCCAGUAGCUGGUGCAUCCGUUCUCCCUCAAACUACUUCUCCAUAUGUUGAAUCAGGCUCUGCGGGGCGACCAUCACCCUGGUCGCAGUUUACUUCGUGGUUCUCGUCGGUGUUUUCGGGAGGCAAUGAUCGGCCAUUCGCCGGACAAGGUAGGCCUCUAGGAAGCGGGGACCCUUCCGCGACGGGAGGUCGCGUACCGCAAAAUAGCCGCCUAAUACGAGAGGCUGGCAGUCAGUCGACCACGACUAAAGAUAGCAGCGCUGAAGAGACAGAGAAGAACGUGGUUCCCGAGGCUGAUGAGUCUACUGACCCUGCAGCUGGUCUGAGCCAGGAUGAAAACAAGCGAUAG